AUGCUCCUGCCAGCCGCCCAGCCUCGCUUCCGCGGCAUCACCCACAUCUUCAUCGACUGCGACGACUGCCUCUACCAGAACGGCUGGGCCACCGCACGCCGCAUCACUCAGUCAAUCGGCGCCUACACCGCAACGCUCGGCGACCGGGCGUACCAGCUGUACAAGGAGCACGGUACCUGCCUCAAGGGUCUGCUCGUGGAGCGCAUCCUCGACGAGGCCGGCGCCGAGGAGUUCCUUACCGAGGUGCACAAGAUUGACUAUUCCGAGAUCGAGCCCGACGCGCGGCUGCGGGAGGUCCUCUCUGCCGUGCUCGGCGCGCCCUGCUGGGUCUUCACGGCCUCGGCGUCCGAGCACGCCGCGCGCUGCAUGGGCAUCAUCGACACGCGGGCGCGAAGAAUAGAGGAGCAAACCGAAUAG